ACGACGUGCUACUAAAAUUUGCCCCAAUACUAGUUGUCUGUGCCUCAGCAAACCCUAACAAUGGUGUGCAUCAGGAAAGCCACAGUCGACGAUCUUCUGGCUAUGCAGGCCUGCAAUCUCUUCUGCCUGCCCGAGAAUUACCAGAUGAAGUACUACUUCUACCAUAUCCUUUCCUGGCCGCAGCUCCUCUACGUCUCCGAGGAUUACAACGGCAAAAUCGUCGGCUAUGUUCUCGCCAAGAUGGAGGAGGAGACCACCGAGUGCCACGGCCACAUCACCUCCCUCGCCGUCCUCAGAACUCACCGCAAACUUGGCCUUGCCACCAAACUCAUGACUGCUGCUCAGAACGCCAUGGAGCAGGUGUAUGGGGCAGAGUAUGUUUCACUGCAUGUUAGGAAAAGCAACAGGGCUGCUUUCAAUUUGUACACGGAAACAUUGGGAUACAAGAUCCAUGAUGUGGAGGCCAAAUAUUAUGCUGAUGGAGAAGAUGCUUAUGAUAUGAGAAAAGAAUUGAAAGGUAGAAAGCACCACCAUCAGCAACACCACCACCAUCAUCACCACCAUGGCGGUGGAUGUUGUUCUGCGGAUGCCAAGUCAGAUGAAAAGCCCGGAUCAGCAGAAGUCAAAACCGCAUGACUGGAAUUAAUUCCAGCUAUCUGAAAUUUUAUUAUAUUGCAUGCUUAUUCAGUUGGUGCAGAAUUAUGAUGGCUUGUGUGCUUCAUCUGUUUUAGUAGCUUGGGUCUGUUAAAAUUUUUGUCAAGGCGAAUGACUUGCUGGUAAUGGAAGGUUGAAUGACAAUGUUGGACAUAUGUUUAUCUGUUUGCAGCCAAAGAUCUGUGUUUGUUAGGCCA